UUCCAAAAAUCCUCUUUGCUGUCACAUGACUACAAAACACUUCCUGUUUGUUACAAAGGAGGCGAUUGAUCGCUGGUGUCUAAACAACCUUUUGCAGUUUUUAAUAGUCAUGGAUCCUAAAGCUUGGUUUUAUAUAUGUGCGCUGAUCGUACAAGGUUACCUUCCACUUUCCGCUGUUCCGAUCGUGGAUCGUUCUCGGCAUGUUAACACGGCAGUCGUGGGUAAAUUCUGGCACAUUUCGGAUUUGCAUUUGGAUCCAAGCUAUCACCUCACAGAGGACCGCACCAAGGUCUGUUUGUCCUCCAAGGGCUAUCCGGUCUCUGAUCCUGGCGACUUCGGGGACUAUUUCUGCGAUUCCCCUUACGAGCUGAUCCUAUCGGCUUUCGAGUUCAUGAAGCAACAGCCCGAGCGAACAGAUUUCAUUAUAUGGACUGGCGACAGCCCCCCUCAUGUUCCUGUGGACGAGCUCUCCACAGACCUGGUCAUACAAAUCAUCGGGAACAUGACUGACACCAUCAGGAAGUUCUUUCCAAACCUCCCUGUCUACCCUGCUCUUGGUAACCAUGACUACUGGCCACAGGAUCAGUUGCCAGUGUCCACCAGUAAGGUUUACCAGGCCGUGGCCGACUUUUGGGAACCUUGGUUGAUUCCAGAAGCUUUAAAAACCCUGAGAGAAGGUGGCUUUUACUCCCAGCUGGUGCAGCCCAACCUGCGCCUGGUGAGCCUGAACACGAACCUCUACUAUGGACCCAACAAAGUGACGGUGAACGUGAGCGACCCGGCUGGCCAGUUCAGCUGGUUGGUGGAAACUCUGGAGAGAUCUCGAGCAAGCAAAGAGAGGGUCUACAUCAUCGCUCACGUUCCGGUUGGUUACCUGCCCUACGCCAUCAACACCACCGCCAUGCGCGAAGUCCACAACGAGAAGCUGGUGGAGAUCUUCCGAAACUACAGCGACGUCAUAGCCAGCCAGUUCUAUGGCCACACCCAUAGAGACAGUGUCAUGGUUCUUCAGGAUGACCGAGGGAAUCCCCUGAAUUCAGUCUUUGUCACUCCGGCUCUCACCCCGAUAAGAAGUGCAGCAGAACCUUACUCAAACAACCCGGGCGUGCGCGUGUACGAGUACGAUCUGCAGGAGUUUACUAUUGUCGAUCUCUUUCAGUACUUCCUGAAUCUCACAGAAGCCAAUCGAGAGAAACGGCCAGACUGGAAGCUUGAAUACACCAUGACAAAGGCCUUCCACAUGAAAGACGUCCGGCCGCAGAGCUUGCUGCGACUCGCUGAGAGUUUCACGGCACCGCAGAGCGACUCUUUCGACAAGUACUUUAAUCACUUUAUGGUGAGCUACAACGACACUGUUGUUUGCCAAGGAAUCUGUAAGAUAAUUCAAGUGUGUUCAGUGCAGUUCUUGGACCAAGCCUCCUACUCUCAGUGUAUUAAAGGCAAAGCGAAAACAGAAGGAAUAGAUUAUAAUCUUUUGUGAUGAAGGACCAAAGGAGGAGUGGAGAAAAAUGAAGGACCUUCUAACAAAAUAGUGAUUUUAAAGUUUGUUUUUAUAGCGGAGGGAAAUUAAAUGUGUAUUUUAACAGCAUUAAAUAAGAUUGGAAAAUCAGAAUCGUCCAUCAUCCAAGUGAACAUCUUGGAUGCUUUGCAGGGCUCUGCGGGGGGUGGGGGGGUGUGCUUAAGCCUCUUUCAGACAGUUCAGGGCACAAGGCUGGGUUACACUCUUGAUAGGAAGCCAUCGCAUGGUACGCACAGACCUCUCCCAGAAAUCAGAGGACAUGUUGGGGAGGGGAACACAAAUUAUUUAAUAAUUUGAAUACAAUUGAAAUACAAAGGUCUGCUUAUUAGGGGGGUGGAUCAUGAAGCCACAUUAAAUAUUAGUGGGCGGGGCUUAUCCCUCCGGUCCUCUGUUCCUGCACCCUUUUACACAGAGUCUGGUUGAGAUUUGACUUUGUAAUAGUGAUAUUGUGUGGUAAGCAUGUUAGCCCUGAGCCACUGUCUCCCGAAUCAGGAUUGUCGUGGGUGUGUUUUAGCAUCAUAAUUACUUAUUUCUUGUUCGUUAACGUUUUGAUUAUCUUGUCGUGCACUAAUCCUGUCCUUCGAUGACAUAUUACGAUACGAGAGACGAAAAUCUGCAGCUGCAAAACAAUAAAGUCAUUUGAUGAAAAUCUG